UCAACGGCACAACAUUCAUCAUGAAAUCUACUUUGGUCCUUCUGGCUUUGGCUCUAGCCACCACCAUCGUUCGGGCUCAGACUACUGCCGAUCCAGCUUUGACCACAGUUGAUCCCGCUGCCACCACUGCUGAUCCUACAGCUACCACGGCUGCCCCUGUUGUCACCACAGUUGACCCAGCUAGUACCACAGUCGCUGCUACCACUGUUGAUCCUGCUCUUACCACAGUUGAUCCUACAGCAACUACUGCCGCUCCUGCAGUAACCACGGCUGCCCCUGUGGUUACCACAGUUGAUCCUGCAGCUACCACCGUUGCUCCUGCUGUAACCACUGUUGAUCCUGCAGCUGUAACCACGGCUGCCCCUGUGGUCACCACAGUUGAUCCUACAGCAACUACUGCCGCUCCUGCUGUUACCACAGUUGAUCCUACAGCUACCACCGUUGCUCCUGCUGUCACCACGGUUGCCCCUGUGGUUACCACUGCUGCUCCUGCCCCUACAACUGCCGCUCCAGCUGUCACCACUGCCGCACCCGCCGCUACCACAGUUGCACCUGCUGCAACCACAGCCGCUCCGAAGUCCCCCACCACCACUAGAACCAUGCGUCCCCGUAAGCACUCGUCUGAGAAGAAGCGCUCGUCCAAGGAGCUGCGCUUCGGCGGACGUAAGUCCUUCGAGAAGGUAUCGAAGGAACGUCUCCAGGGACGCAAGGCGUACGAGAAGGCAUCCAAGGAGCGUUCCGGCAAGCGGGGUUAAGUGACUUCGAUAUUGUAAUUUGAGUAAAUAAAUAAUAGUUCAAUUG